UGCAUUCCUCCCUCCUCCCCCCAUUCGGCGAGUCUCUGUUCCAUCUAUUUUCAUUAGUAUUUAUUUUGUGGGGGGGUUGAGUUUCCCCAAUUUUGCAUCGCCCCCCUUUCUGUUUUCGGUGGACUCAAAUUCUAGGGAUUUCUGGAGCCGAGCCGAGCCGAUUUUGAUCUUGGGGGAGAAACUGCUGCUGCUGCUGCUGGAUUCGAUGGGGCGCGGAAAGAUCGAGAUUAAGAAGAUUGAGAAUGUGAACAGCAGGCAGGUGACGUUCUCGAAGCGGCGGUCGGGGUUGCUGAAGAAGGCGAAUGAACUCUCGAUUCUGUGUGAGGCCGACGUCGCCGUCAUCAUCUUCUCCAACACCGGCAAGCUCUUCGAAUUCGCCAGUUCCAGCAUGGCGAAAAUACUUUCGAAAUACAAAAAGUGUGUGGAACUGAUGCAGGACUCCAUGGGAGGACUCGAUCCGGAGAAGCAGUCGGCGAAGGAGGCGGAGGCUUUGAAAGAGGAGAUCGGACGGCUCAGGUUAAAGGAAAUGCGAUUGUUGGGAAAGGACUUGACGGGGACGGGGUUGCAAGAACUGAACGAGCUUGAACAACAACUAAACGAGGGGCUAUUAUGUGUAAAGGAGAAAAAGGAGCAACUACUGAUCGAGGAAUUAACUCAAUCUAAAGUUCAGGAACAACAGGUCAUACAAGAAAAUGAAUCCUUAAGACGGCAGGUCAACGAGCUUCAAGCCCUUUUCCCGUCGGAUAGCUAUCGCGCUCCACUGAAAACAAAAGUAACUGAAGGUUCCGGAAGCCCCGAGAUGAUCUGCAACGGGACUGUCACAAAUGAUGACGAUUCGGACACCACCCUCCACUUGGGAUUGCCAUCGUCCGGUCUGAAAAGGAAAACGCCCGACGGUGAGAAUUAUUCGAGCACAUCGGAGACUCAAGCUCGCUUUGGGUGAUCGAAGGAGCGUCUACUCAAGCUCCUAUGUGUGAUAUAUGAAGUUGGUAUAGCUAGCUAGCCAGACAGCCUGUAGAGACUGUUUCUUUCAUCCUUACCUUACUGUCACAUUUUUAAGGAUGAUUCAUUACUUGCUAAAUCCUAUGAUGAUGAUUUCUACUAUAUAGCCUAACCCUGCC